AUGCCGGUCGUCACAAACUACAAAGACAUGAUGCCGGGCAGAUGCUUUCAACAGUACGGGGUUGCCGCAGAGUGCAAGAAAGUAUACGACGAUUGUUGCUCGGAGAAGGAGAUUGCUCCAUGGGAGGUCAAGGAGUGUGUGCAGGCCAAGUUGCCGGGGCGCAAAAAUCCGGACGCGAGCAGUGAAGCGUACCCAGAGGACGCUUGGCUGUCUUCGGAGGACCCAGAUUCCCCAGCCAGCAGCGGAACGACCACAGAGCACGAAUGGCUGUUUCCAGACGAUUCAACAUCCCCGGCCAGCAGCAAAUCGAAAUCGUCUGACACAUGGGUGUUUCCGGACGACCCUAGGCUCCGAGCCAGCAGCGAAUGGGACACAGAAAGAUGGAUGCUUCGGCGCGGCUCGCAGUCCCCAACCAACGAUAAGGAUGACUUGGAAGCCCCGUUUGUGUUCCCAUCCGACUCGGACUACCCGGGCAUGAGAAAAACAAAGGCAAAUGACAUCAAGAUGAUCCAACGCGACUCAGGGUCCUCACCCGUUGUUGAAGAGGAUCCCGAGCGCCCUUUUGUAUUUCCGGAUGAAAGGGACUACCCGGAUUUGAGAAAGACGAACGCAAAGGACAAACAGGUAUUUUCGCGUAACCCGCAGGCAUUGGACAGCAGCAAAGACGACUUGGAGCAGCCCUUUGUGUUUCCAAGCGAGUCUGACUACCCCGGGAUGGGGGAGACAAGCAGGAAGGCCAAGAAGCCCCAGAGCUCUAAAAUCGCUCGAUCUGCGACUCCGCAAAUGAGAGACAUCUGGCAGAACUGUGUGGUCGGUAUAAAGGAGGAGACCGAGGCCUUUGAGUGCAUGGGAGUGAUGGAGUUCGAUCUCUGCGCCUUUACGACUUGGUCGACAGAGGAUUGCCGCAAGGCCAUACUCGACUGCUACCGGCUCAGCAAGGGGAGCAACGUACGGUACCACGUGGGUGAGAAGGAGUUCAAGGAGAUUCGCUCUUGCGGGGCGAGGCGCCUCGCGGUUGAACCGGACAUCGUGCAGCCGGUUGCAUCCACAGAAGCGGCACGGCUGUUUGCACACUAA